CGGGCCGCGGGGGGCCGGGCCAGUGCUCCAGCCUGGCUGGCAGCUGCGGCGCAGAGUCCAGCGGCUUGUGUGCGGAGCGGUUCCCUGUACCUCGAGCGGUUCGGCCCAGCCAUUUGCUUAGGCGCCCAGGCCCGGUGCGCGCGUGCGUGAGCGCGCCUGCGCCCGGGGCCGCUGCAAGGGGAGAGCCGCCGCCUCAGGAGGACCCCCUUCCCCCAGAAAUUACUCAAUGCUGAAACCUUUCCAAGUGAUAUUAGAGACAUUGGAAGCACCAUGGAUGGGUUUUAUGACCAGCAAGUCCCUUUUAUGGUCCCAGGGAAAUCUAGAUCAGAGGAAUGUAGAGGGCGGCCUGUGACUGACAGAAAGAGGAAGUUUUUGGACACAGAUUUGGCCCAUGAUUCUGAAGAGGAAUCUUCAUUCUGGUGUCUUCUGUUUUUAAUUCUAGAGUUGUUUCAGGAUCUCAGUCAACUUCAAGAGGCUUGGUUAGCUGAAGCACAAGUUCCUGAUGAUGAACAGUUUGUCCCAGAUUUUCAGUCUGAUAACUUGGUGCUUCAUGCCCCACCUCCAACCAAGAUCAAACGGGAGCUGCACAGCCCCUCCUCCGAGCUGUCAUCCUGCAGCCAUGAGCAGGCUCUCGGUGCUAACUAUGGAGAAAAGUGCCUCUACAACUAUUGUGCCUAUGAUAGGAAGCCUCCCUCUGGGUUCAAGCCAUUAACCCCUCCUACCACCCCCCUGUCACCCACCCAUCAGAAUUCCCUAUUUCCCCCACCUCAGGCAACUCUGCCCACCUCCGUGCACCCUGCUGCAGCAGGCCCAGUACAAGGUGUGGGCCCAGCCCCCACCCCUCAUUCGCUUCCAGACCCUGGACCACAGCAGCAAACCUUUGCGGUCCCCCGGCCACCACAUCAGCCCCUGCAGAUGCCAAAGAUGAUGCCUGAAAACCAGUAUCCAUCAGAACAGAGAUUUCAGAGACAACUGUCUGAACCCUGCCACCCCUUCCCUCCUCAGUCAGGAGUUCCUGGAGAUAAUCGCCCCAGUUACCACCGGCAAAUGUCAGAACCUAUUGUCCCUGCAGCUCCCCCACCCCCUCAGGGAUUCAAACAAGAAUACCAUGACCCACUCUAUGAACAUGGGGUCCCAGGCAUGCCGGGCCCCCCAGCACAUGGGUUCCAGUCACCAAUGGGAAUCAAGCAGGAGCCCCGGGAUUACUGCGUUGAUUCAGAAGUGCCUAACUGCCAGUCAACCUACAUGAGAGGGGGCUAUUUCUCCAACAGCCAUGAAGGCUUUUCAUAUGAAAAAGAUCCCCGGUUGUACUUCGAUGACACUUGUGUUGUUCCUGAGAGACUGGAAGGCAAAGUCAAACAAGAGCCCACCAUGUAUCGUGAGGGGCCCCCUUACCAGAGGCGAGGCUCCCUUCAGCUGUGGCAGUUCCUGGUUACCCUUCUGGAUGACCCAGCCAAUGCCCACUUCAUUGCCUGGACAGGCCGAGGCAUGGAGUUCAAGCUGAUAGAACCUGAGGAGGUUGCUCGGCGUUGGGGUAUCCAGAAGAACCGGCCAGCCAUGAACUACGACAAGCUCAGCCGUUCUCUACGCUAUUACUAUGAGAAGGGCAUCAUGCAGAAGGUGGCCGGGGAGCGAUACGUCUACAAGUUUGUCUGUGACCCGGAUGCCCUUUUCUCCAUGGCCUUCCCUGACAACCAGCGCCCGUUCCUGAAAGCAGAGUCCGAGUGCCACCUCAGCGAGGAGGACACCCUGCCGCUGACCCACUUUGAAGACAACCCUGCUUACCUCCUGGACAUGGAUCGCUGCAGCAGCCUCCCCUAUGCUGAAGGCUUCGCUUACUAAGUUUCUGAAUGGCUGAGCGGCCAAACCCUAGAGCUAGCAGUUCCCAUUCAGGCAAAUGAGGGCAGUGGUUUUGUUUGUGUUUUUGGCUGUUCCUAAAACUUGCCCUUUGAGUAUUAUCUGGAGAACCCAAGCGGUCUCUGGAUUGGCACCCUUAAAGACAGGCACCUUGGCUGGGGAGUGGGAACAGGGAGGGGCAGAGAAACCUCCAAAAGGCUGGUGCCUCAGCUCUGAUCCUGACAGGGUUUCUGGGAAGAGAUUGCAAUGGAGCCUCCUUCCCAUGGACAAUAUAUGCAAAGCAAUACCUUGUUCAGGUUAGUACCCACAAACUGGGGGAGAGUGUGACAAUCUGCAUUGAUCACGAACUACUAAAUGCCUUUACAUAGAAGGGCUCUGAUUUGCACAAUUUAUUGAAAAUGAAACCACAAACCCAAAGGAUAGUAGGUAGGCUAAGUUGGGGAGGCUCAAACCACGAAGGGUUAAAAAUAUAUCAUAAAAUUCAGAGAGCUCAUCUAGCUCAAUCUGUAAUGUUUCCCCUUGGUUUAGAAAAAAGGGGGAAAGUCAGAACAGCUGUUACCCACUCCAUGGUUCUCAAAUAAUUAGCAUUGCUACUCCUGGGAACCUUCGGGCCAUGUGGUCACCAAGUAGAACAAGCCCCCUUUUCUCUUCCCAGUCACAUGGCUCUGUGCGGAUGGCUUUAAUUUUAGGAGAAGGGUGAUUAACACUUUGACAGUAUUUUGUUUUGCUUUGAUUUGGGGGAUUGUUUUGUUUUGGUGGUUGUUUUGGAAAAACAGUUUAUAAACUGAUUUUUGUAGUUUUGGUAUUUAAAGCAAAAAAAACAAAAACAAAAAAAAAAAACCACCAAACCUUUUGGUAACUGCACUGCAUCCCUUAGAUGGGGCAGUGCCGACUUAUGAAGACGCUGCAGCUUGAAAGGGGCUUUGUGGGGGCUUCCCCUCAGCCGUGUACAAGCCCACUUUACUGCCCACUUUGUGCUUUCUGCACCAGACAGCCUGACGGAACACUUGCACCUGAGUUGUACAUUUUCGAGGUGUGCAGGGCAGCCUGAACACACCGCUUAGAUUCUAUGUGUAUAGUUCCCCACGGUCUCUAACACCCUCUCUGGAAAGCAAAUGUACAUAAUACAUGUCAUGUCCAUUUGGAACCUGGUCACCUGGUGGGAACCCAGGGGACGCGUCCCUGGGUAUGACUGAUGACAACUUCCGUUUCAUCAGUUUGUUUUGUUUUUCCUUUUUCUUUCAUUCUUGGACUUUAAACCCUGCAUAUGAUUCCAUAGGGUUUGAGACUUACAUGUGACACUGACAGGUAAACAGUGCUAGCAUUUUAGUUUCCUGCCACCUUAAAAAAAAUAAAUAAGAAGCUUAUCUGGUUGCUGUAUUAUACUGAAGUUUUAAACAACCCAGCUAAAGCUAUGUGGAAGCUGAGCUCAAUGUAGAGGAAAAGUUCAUUAGAAAAGAGGUGGUAGCACCUCGCUGCUGCCGGCCUGCUCUGUUGACUCUGCUCCCGUGACACUUAGCGCUGAGAACAGCUGUGCUGCUCCACACUCGGAGGACAGCGUGGGCUCCGCGAGGGUGACACCUGCCGUGAAUUGUUUUCCUAUGGAUGGAGCGCUCCACAGUCACAUGGUCCCCCCUGUGACCGGCAGCACAUUUGUGAAGAGGGUCAUGGGGGAAGGGGUGUGUUUUAUAGCUAUGGAAACACAAGGUUUUCCUCUGUUGGAAGCGACUUAAGCCCACAAAGGUGUUGAACCUAUAGCUUGGGCCUUCAUUAGCAUUGUACUCUAAUCAAAGGACUCUUUUUCAAACCAUAUUUAUAGCUUUCUAACCUACACAUAGUCUAUAUACAUAGAUGCAUAUUUUAUCCCCAGCUGGCUAGAGAUUUAUUUGUUGUAAAUGCUGUAUAGGAUUUGUUUUUUCCUUCCUUUGCUUAUCCUGGUUUGGGUUUUCUGGGUUGGUUUGGUUUUUUUAAUGGGUUUAUGCUAUCUUAGCAAGAAUGAAAAUAAUCGUGUAGCCUGAGCUCCCCCUCCCUGCUGUGACCGCGUGGCCUGUGCUGUCAGGGGCGUAGGAUGGAGGCAUCACCGUUGCAUUCCCAUCGGACUCAUGCACCUCCCGGAGGGUUUUAUUUUUGUUUGUUUGUUUGUUUUGGUUUGCUUCUUUUCCAGAGUGUGGAAAGUCUACAGUGCAGAAAGGCUUUAACCUGCCAGUUGAUUUGAAAUACUUCCCCCUGCGCAGGGCCGUAUGCAUCCUGCCAAGCUGCGUUAUAUUCUGUACUGUGUACAAUAAAGAAGUUUGCUUUCAGUUUA